ACUGAAGUAAACUUUCUCCAGAGAAUACAGUGCAUAGAUACAGGUCAAUUAAGUUAUCAUGUUUUGCAGAAACAAGUUACCACUCUCAAAAACAACCUAAACUUCCCUGCUAUAAUUAUAGGCCUAUAUGUGCAGAAAAAAUCAUUACAACUCAUUAUAACGCCUGUAGAUAGCCUUGCGUAGUAUAACUGAUUACGAAUCAUACAUCUAUAUUGCACUUAAAGGACGUAAUAUAUAAAAAAAUCAAAAUAUUCUUCAGUAUCGUUUCAAUACGAUGCCCUCCAAAGACCUUCACCCGAGGUGUAUUGUUAAUCUUUCAAAGUAACAAUAAGUGGUUCUGUCGUUCUUGUUAAUUAUUUUCCACCGUCUUCGUUGUUGUUUUAUCGCAAUGAAGCCGAAAAUCAAGAAUAUCAGAGGCCAUUAUUUUGACUUUAUACGUGGGGUCAGUAGGUGGGAAGGAGCGCGGUGAGUUUUUCUUCUUCUUGUUAAAUCCCCGAGUUAAAUCCCAAUCCAGGUCCGGCGCGGUGUUUCGCUGCCGCGCCCCCUUUGUGAUGCUCCGGGUCUGCCUGCGCUCCGAGCCGCCGCUGCCAGGGGGGUUCUCUCCUCCGUGCUUUCGCUCUCUUACGCCGCUUUAAAUCAUCGCUAUCAUUCCCCCCCCUACAAUAAAUGGACAACAGGAGGACGCGUUAAUGCCCGCUCUCCAGCGCAAGGGAAGCAGCGCUUCGGAUACCUGCUGGAUUUUAGCUACAAAGUUUACAAAUAGUUCGCAAGUUCCCCCCCCCGCUUUCUUUCUUUUUUUCCCCAGGGCUGCCGAAUUGCCAGGUUAGCCUUUAAGUGGCCGAGCCGUCAUGGCGAGCCCGGCGUCGGAGGGCUCCGCGAUCGCGGGCUGCAGUCGGCGGCGGAGCGGCGCCCUUCGGAGCCUCGUCGCCGUCUGCGCUCUGACCUGCUGCGGCUUUCGCUGCACGGGCGCCGCGUUUUCCAUCCCGGAAGAAGCGCAAGUUUUAGCGGCGCAGAUGAAGAGGCUUUCGGCGCAGGAGCUGGGGGUGUUCGCCAUGCAGAGAAUAUUCAACUCCUUCGUCUACUCUGAGAAGAUUUCCAACGGAGAGACUGAAGUCCAGCAGCUGGCGAAGAAGAUCCGCGAGAAGUUCAACCGCUACCUGGAUGUGGUGAACCGCAACAAGCAGGUGGUGGAGGCCUCCUAUACGGCCCACCUGACCUCGCCGCUGACCGCCGUGCAGGACUGCUGCACCAUCCCACCCUCCAUGAUGGAUUUCGACGGCAAUUUCAACACGAACGUCUCCAAAACCAUCUGCUGUGACCGCCUGUCGCCCACCGUCAACAGCCGAGCCUUUAAUCCCGGCCGGGACCUCAAUUCAGUUCUUGCAGACAACCUCAAGUCCAACCUUGGGAUCAAGUGGCAGUACUUCAGCUCGGAGGAGGGGAUCUUCACUGUGUUCCCCGCUCACAAGUUCCACUGCAAGGGGACCUACGAGCAUCGGAGCAGGCCGGUGUACGUGUCAGCAGUGCGACCUCAGCCCAAGCACGUGGUGGUGCUGAUCGACCACGGAGCAUCCCUGACUGAAACCCAGCUCCAGAUCGCCAGAGACUCUGCCCUCAUCAUCCUUAAUUCCAUCGAUGAGCACGACAGGAUCUCUGUGCUGACGGUGGCUGACAUGGUCCGCUCUUGCUCCCUGGACCAGUGCUAUAAGAGCUUCUUGUCCCCCGCCACCAGUGAGACCAAGAGGAAGAUGGCCUCCUUCAUCAGUAGCAUCAAGGCCUCGGAUAGCCCUACCCAGCAUGCACUGGGUUUUCAGAAGGCCUUCCACCUUCUGAGGAACACUAACAAUGUCACCCGGCAGCAGACCAGUGAGGACACAGAUAUGGUGGUCAUCUACCUGUCCUCGGGCAUGACGUCCAAGGACUCCUCCGAGACCGAGAAGAGGGCCACCCUCGGCAUGGUGAAGGAAGAGAACCAGUACCUCAACAACUCCGUCAUGAUCCUCACCUAUGCUCUCAUGAACGAGGGUGUUACUGGGCUGAAGGAGCUGGCCUUCCUAAGGGAUCUGGCAGAACAGAACUCGGUCAAGUACGGGGUUCCGGACCGUUCCGCCCUGCCGGUGGUCAAGGGGAGCAUGAUGGUUCUGAACCAGCUGAGUAACCUGGAGACGACAGUGGGCCGCUUCUACAUAAACCUGCCCAAUCGUAUGAUCGACAAGGCCAGCUUCAGCCUGCCCUACGCAGACCCCAUGGGGGACAGUUUCAUUAUGACUGUCAGCCGGCCGUGUUACUUUGGCAACCUGUUGCUAGGCGUCGUGGGUGUCGAUGUCAACCUGGCCUACAUCCUGGAAGAUGUCACUUACUACCAGGAUUCUCUGGCAUCCUACACUUUUCUCAUAGAUCAGAAAGGCUACACCCUCAUGCACCCGUCUCUCACCAGGCCUUACCUCAUGGCCGAACCCCCCCUGCACACGGACAUCAUCCACUACGAGAACAUCCCAGGCUUCCAGGAGGUCCAGCAGAACAUUCUGAGCCUCCCCCUGGGCAGCCAGGUCAUCACCGUCCCGAUGAACUCGUCCCUCUCCUGGCACAUGAACCGUCUGCGGGACACCAGCAAGGGUUCCUACAAUGUCAGCUAUGCCUGGAAGCUGGUCCAGGACACGGCAUUCAUCCUGUGCAUCGUCUACAUUCAGCCAGAGAUCCCCGUGAAGAACCUGAAGAACCUCAACACGGUGCCCAGCAGCAAGCUUCUCUACCACCGCCUGGACCUCCUAGGCCAGCCCGGCUCCUGCCUGCACUUCAAGCAGCUCGCCACAGUCGAGAGCCCGACUGUCAUGCUGUCUGCCGGGAGCUUCUCCUCCCCCUACGAGCACCUGAGCCAGCCGGAGACUAAGCGCAUGGUGGAGCACUACACCGCCUACCUGAGCGACAACACGCGCCUCAUCGCCAACCCCGGCCUCAAGUCGUCUGUCAGGAACGAAGUAAUGGCUACCAGUCACAUAACCGAUGAAUGGAUGACACAAAUGGAAAUGAGUAGCCUGAACUGUUACAUUGUGCGCCGUUACAUAGCAACGCCCAAUGGGGUGCUGCGGAUUUUCCCCGGCUCCCUCAUGGACAAAGCUUUCGACCCAACCAGAAGACAAUGGUACCUUCAUGCUGUGGCCAAUCCGGGCCUUAUCACCUUCACGGGCCCUUAUCUGGAUGUGGGCGGGGCUGGAUACGUGGUCACAAUCAGCCACACCAUUCAUGCCUCCAGCUCUCAGAUGGUCCCCGGCAGUGUGGUGGCUGUUAUGGGAAUCGACUUCACUCUGCGCUACUUCUACAAGGUUCUGCUGGACCUGCUCCCCGUCUGCAACCAGGACAAGGGCAACAAAAUUCGCUGCUUCAUCAUGGAGGAUAGAGGCUACCUUGUUGCUCAUCCCACUCUGAUUGACCCCAAAGGUCAUGCCCCGGCUGAACAGCAACACAUCACACACAAGGAGCCGCUUGUUGCCAAUGACAUCCUCAACCACCCCAAUUUCGUGAAGAAGAAUUUGUGCAACAGUUUCAGUGACCGCACUGUGCAGAGAUUUUACAAGUUCAACACCAGCAUUGUGGGUGACCUGACUAACCUAGUCCACGGCAGCCAUUGCUCCAAGUACCGGCUGACCCGAAUCCCCGGCACCAACGCCUUCGCCGGCAUCCUGAACGAGACGUGCGACUCGCUGGCCUUUUGCGCCUGCAGCACCGUGGACCGGCUCUGUCUCAACUGUCACAGGAUGGAGCAGAAUGAGUGCGAGUGCCCGUGUGAGUGCCCCCUGGAGGUGAACGAGUGCACCGGCAACCUCACCAACACCGAGAACAGGAACCCCAGCUGUGAGGUGCACCAGGAACCCCUGUCAUUCACCACCACGGAGCCCAGUCUGCAGGAUACGCUGCCCCAGUGCAUCAACACCCGCUGCAGCCAGCGCUACACCAGCAGCGACUGCUUCGGGGUGUUGGACUGUGAGUGGUGCACCAUGGACAGCGAUGGGAAGACCCACCUGGACAAGCCCUACUGUGCCCUGCAGAAGGAGUGUUUCGGGGGUAUUGUGGGAGCCAAGAGCCCCUACGUGGAUAGCAUGGGGCACAUAGAGGAUGAGGUGGCAUCCCUCAGCAUGAUAAAGAGCGCCCCCGUGGGGCCGGUGGCAGGCGGUAUCAUGGGCUGCAUCAUGGUUCUGGUUCUGGCCGUCUACGCCUACCGUCACCAGAUCCACCGGCGCAGUCACCAGCACAUGUCGCCCCUGGCUGCCCAGGAGAUGUCGGUUCGGAUGUCCAACCUAGACAAUGAUCGUGAUGACCGAGACGAGGACAGUCAUGAAGAUCGGGGAAUAAUUAGCAACACACGAUUCAUCGCCGCGGUGAUCGAGCGGCACACGUACAGCCCUGAGCGGAGGCAGCGCUACUGGGGGAGGUCCGGCACGGAGAGCGACCACGGGUACAGCACCAUGAGCCCACAGGAGGACAGCGAGAACCCGCCCGGCAACAACGACCCCCUGACAGCAGGCGUGGAUGUGGGUAACCAUGACGAUGACCUGGAACUGGACACGCCCCCGCAGACGGCGGCGCUGCUGAGUCACAAGUUCCAGCCUUACCGGCACAUGCACCACCGGCCGAUGCACCACGCGCGCCACCUACAGGCCGCUGUGACCGUGCACAGCGUGGAUGCUGAGUGCUGACCGGCCCUGGGAACGAAGCAGAGGCCUGCCAUUUAAGCCCACUAGGGGGCGACUUCUGAGAUGGAAUCAAUCGACCUUUAGAGGACGGACACAGAGGGAGAAGCUGAGAGGUCUGGGGCGCAGGGGAGGAGACUCAAUAAACACUAUAACAAUGCAUUUGAGAUUUCUAAGAAAGAAUAUUAGAGAGAUAUUUUUCUACUAUUUAUUGAAGAGGACUUGAAUCAUAUGGACAGUUAAGACUGAAUUGACUUUAAAAGUGAGUUCAGAAGGCUGUACACCUAUACGGACACACUGGCUGGAUAUUCAACACAUCUGUGAGCCAUUUCAUCAUAUAAAGAACAUUGUUUUCUAUUUUUUUUUUGAGGUAAGCAUAGAAAGAAUAUCCGUAGACAGACAGUACCAAAAUGGUACCUGUUUUGUGGGCAGAACGACUGCAGAAAUUAGACGCUUCAAUUCCUGGCCUUGUCGAUUGCAGAUCUGAAGGUCUUACAUGCCACUCAAAGUACAUCGUGAUGUCGCUUAUGCCCUGAAGGGCGUGGGAUCCCCAGACAUCCCAUCUCCUUUGGUUGGGGUCAUGUGAGGUGCGGCGCCUCCCUGUGGCCACACACACAGACGCAGGCUAUGGAGCUGCAGCAAGAUGGGAAACUCAAUUGCCUUUCAUAAGAAUUCUGUCCUCUGUGGCCAUUACUCUGGCUGCUGUGAAUUGUGGACAUUUUACAUGAAGUCUAGCUGUGUGCGUGUGUGUGUGUGUGUGUGUGUGUGUCUGUAUGUGUUCAUGCAUGUUAGAGAAAUGGGUUCUGUGUCCAUAUAAGGGAUAUGGCCUCUUAAACCUAUCAGCUGACAGUAAUAUUGCACGAUUUUAUUUUUUUAAGUACUGAGGAGCAAAAGGCACACUUUCAAAUGUCUAUACAAUGCACUGUUAAUGUUUAACAGACCAUCGGAAAAAAUGCUUCUAAUCGUCAUUUGUUGCAUAAACAGAAUCAAUGACAAUUACUGCUAAUCUCUUAAAAGGUGUAUUAUUGUUUUGUGUUCCAAUCCCGACCGAUAUUGUGUGUAUGUAUAAAUGUUUAGACAAAUGACAUAGCUAUCAGUGUGAAUCUUUGAUUCAAAAUUCUCGAAUGUGUGUAAAGUGUAUACAUCGUACGAUAUCAGUAAUCUUCAGUUUUGAAGCUAUUUUUACACAGAAAUCUUUGUCCUUGUUAUAGCUCUGGACAAAACAAUCUUCUGGUUUCAUUGUCCAUAUUGGAAUGGAGGAUGUGUUCUAUCUGUCUCACGUCAAAGCAGUGGAGACAGAAUAAUUGUUAAACAGUUUGUCAGGUUUGACUCCAUAGCAUCUGAAAAUGUAUCCUAAUGUUUCAAUAACAUUCAUUUUUGGGAUUGACCAUAUUGAAGUGGCAGAUAUCGGCCAGGAAUGUAACAUGACAUCCAGUGAAAUGCUCUUAAUUAAACAUCUGUGUAUUCUUUACCUUGUAAAUGAACUUUGUCAUCUUAAAACAAGAUACGUUUUACAUUUGUGGCCUCCUGUUAAACACAGCUGAUAUAAGCUUCUUUUGAUUUAAUUUGCGACGAUUAAGUAUUUACUGGCCAACGUAAACAAGCAUAAUCUUGUGUAUACUGGACAUUAAGAAUUAUAUUGUUACCGAAAGAAUCCUGGUUUCACGUCAUUCCUUUUCCUUAUGUCGAUGUAUGAUAUUGUUUAAAAAAAAAAAAGAUGUUUCAAAAUGAAUGUCAUAAAAGUCCCACUUUUACAGAAA